AUGGCUUCUCUUCAAGAAAAGAUCUUGAAAAUGGUCCAGCGUUUCCGAAAAGAAUGGCACUUAUUUUCAGAUUCUGAAAGAACCACGGUGUGUGGGGCAGACAGCAUGCUGAUGGCUCUGCAGUUAUCUAUUGCUGAGGUCAAUAAACAGCAUUAUGGAGAUUUUAAAGCAUCACUAAGUGAAGUGCUGUUAGCCUGGAAUCACUUACUGCCUGACAAACUGGGCCUAUUGCAUGAAAAUGUGGAUGCUCCUGAAAAUUACAGCAACAUCAGAAGUACCUAUUCCAGUUUUUUGAAGCGCUGCAAUAUGAUGGAUCUUAUAGAUGUCUAUCAGAAAUGCGGGUCACUAGAACCAGGCAACGAAUCUAUAUCCCCUGUACAAUUGCUAGAAUUUAUCAAUGGAACAUCGGAUUCAGCAAGUGACGAUACUUCCAUUCUUUCUGCACCCUCCACACCAACUAACACAUUAAGCCAGGAUAACAAAAAGCUGCCUUUGGUGGUGAAGAAAAUUCUGUUUGCAUAUCUAAGCUUGUUGGUGAACUCCAAGAAUGAUCUUGCCUUUGCUCGUAUUUUAAACACUCCUGACAGAGGGCUUGGAAGAGAAGCUUUUACCGACUUAAAACACGCCGCACAGAAGAGACAAAUGUCCAUUUUCCCAGUGGCAACCUCUUUCAUCCGAACCAUUGAACUUGGAGGUAAAGGUUACGCCCCUCCUCCAGACGAUCGUUUGAGAAUGCACAUGAAGGGCCUUUCACACUUAGUUCACUUUUUUGAUAAACUGGAAGAAAUCAUUGGUGAAGUCCUGGAUCCAAGACUUGCAGGGGGCCAAAUUCUAUCAACAAUCAAGAUGCAUUUGAUAAAAGGCCAAAACAGCAGGGAUCCCUUCUGUCGAGCAGUGGAGGAAGUUGUACAUGAUUUGGAUUUAAGGAUUAAAAAUAUUAUCAAUUUUCAGCAUGAUGUUGUGGCAGCUAGCUCUACUGGAAUCAGUCCAGCCCGGCCCAAACUACAUGCUGUAAACCAUGACACUGUUUACUGUGGCAGAGAUACUGUGAAGUUCUUUCUGAUUUUUUUGGAUGAGGCAGCUACCCACCUUCCUCCUACCAACAAAGCUGAAUUAUUUGAUGAUGAAUUUGGGUCCCCCUCUACCCUGAUGCUGUUCAAAUCUCCAGCACAACCUAGCGGAUCUUCUCCAAAAGCUUUAAGACAACGGAUUCAAAGAGCAGUAGACAAAGGAAAACUUAAGCUGAAGCAACCUCUAAUUCGGUCUCAGUUUGCUUGCACCUACAAAGAUGACCAAACAUUUGAAAAGAAGGACCAUUUCUUCAGCACUAGCCAGAUCCCAACAUGCGUACAUCCAGCACCCAAAGAAAGGACAGCUCUGUGCCCUGUAGAUGAAUCAAGUGCAGAAUGCCUCCGUUCCCAUCUUGCAAGUGCUGCGCUUGGAACUAGUUCUGGAAAUGUUCAUCAGAAUGGAAGCAGAAGUAAAGAAAUAGGAAAAUUCGGUUGCCAGCCAAGAAACGAGAGCUCAAAGAGAAAGCAGGUGGAUAGGACUAGUGAAAAUGUCAUAGGCACUAAUGAAAAUGAAUCACUUCAACACGUACAUAGAAAGAAACCAAAGGCUGCGGUGAAAUGCCAGAACAGUUUGGACAGCAAAAUUAAAGGAGCAGGAAAAUGUAACAAAAUUGCCGCAAAAAACAAACUGAUUGUCGGUCAAGCAAAGCUAACUCAUUUCUUUAAAUUGUAA